CCUUGGGGAAUUUUUGGAUCGGCGGAUUCCCCGCUCAACCGUGGGCGAACACAAGGCCGGUUUUCGUUUACCUCAAGUGCUGGUGCUGACGAGCCCGUCGGCCUCACCCACAAACGAGACGGUGUGACUGGCGACCACUUCUGAAGUAUCUUUUUACUCUCGUCCUCUCAUCUUUUGCUCGUGCGCCUGACCCUCCCCUUCAUCUCCCUUCUCUCUCUCUCUCUCUCUCUCUCUCUCUCUCUCACUCACACACACACACACACACUCACACACGCACACACACACACACACACACACACAGCCAUGCACAAACACACACACGUAUACACCCGCGGGCCCUCCUGACGGCGGUUCGUGCAUCGACGAUCAGCAUACAUAUGGCCUACUUGUGUCGACGCAAUUGCGCGGAAGCGCAGUGCUGCCAACCUGUGAGCUGCAAAACGUGGAGUCCCAGCUGCGGCCUGAACUCAUUGUGAAGGAGGAGCGAUCCACUUUCCCGUCGCUUGGCGCACGUCGUCUACCUGUCAUCGACCGUACUGUAGCGGGGGAGUGUAGUUAGUGCGUGCGCGCGAAGGAACGAGGCGCGCGCGCGCGCGCGCGAUGGCGUCUCCUGCCUGCUGUCGGGCAUCAUCUUCGGUAGGGGCAGGGUUUGCACCUGCAUGCUUCUCUGCUCGCGCCGGACCUGACGUCGUAGCGUCGUCGUCGACAUCGAGGGAAGGGGGCCAUCUCCACAACCCAAGGCUUACUUCCCGCGGAACUCGGAAAGGAGUGUGCUUGUGCAACGAAGCUUCUGCUGCCUCCUCCACCCCCAAGUCGUCCAGCUUGCGAACUAUUGGAAGCAGCAAUUUCUUCCUAGGAACUCCUAUCCAAUCACGAGAGACGAAAUCAAGUCAAAGUGUAAAGUCUUCUUGUAGUCAAGAGGGAAGAAGUGGAUCUGCACCUGCACCUCCUGCUAGGGCUGAAGGCUUCGAUUUAUGGAAGUUAUUUGGAGGCAGAGCAUUGACAGGGGAGGAAAAUUUGAAGUCAAAUGAGGGAAGGGAAAAGCUAUUCAAAGAUGCUGCAGGCUCUCUAGCAGUUACGCAGAAGGAACAAUUGGAAGCGCCAGAUCUGGGUGGUUUUGACAAGGAGCUUGGUGGUUUGACGGGAGGGUGGCCGGGAGGAGAGAGGGGUGUUGAAGACUUUGUCAUCAAAUAUCCAGCCCCCAGAAAAAUCUCCAGGGAAUUGCAACUGGUGAAGGAAGAGCUGGCAGAAAUUGUGGUUUCUACUAAACCCACCGUCGUGCCGCCUCCGCUUCUCAUGCCUGGCAUGACAGUCAUCGUCAAUAAUCCAGAGGACCCCUUCUAUAUGUACUCUGGUAUUGUCCAGCGCAUAACAGAUGGGAAGGCAGGGGUGUUGUUUGAAGGAGGCAACUGGGACAAACUAAUAACCUUUGCUCUGGAAGAUCUCAAGCGCACUGCAACGGGGCCUCCUGGGAAAAACCCAAAAUCGGCAAUUCUUGAAGUCACAUUGUCUGAUUAGAAGAGCGGCAUAAAAAGAAUGGUCAUCACACACCAGGUGGUCAUAACCAUUCCUUUCUGUUCCACAAUUGCCACAUCUCGGUGCCCGACCAUCCACCAUCCAUUGGGAGCCUCACCUCACAGGUGCAAUUGUCCAUACUAAGUUAUGAUAUUGCGACCAAGGAGUUUGUCGGAGUUGUCGCCCCAGCCAUCCACCAUUCAUUGGGAGUCUCACCUCAGAGGCGCAAGUGUCCAUACCAAGCUAUGAUAUUGCAACCGACAAACUUGUUGGAGGUGCCGCCCCGAGCAUCCACCAUUGAUUUGGAGACUCACCUCACAGGUGCGAUUGUCCAUACUAAGUUAUGAAUCUUAUGAUAUCGCAACCGACGAGUUUGUCGGAGGUGCCGCCCUAGUCUCCCCACUGGGCUUCUAUUAUGGCAGUACAUGACAUCCACUGAGAACCAGACAGAAAAGAAGCAGCUCCUAUUUUUCGGUCUUGUAAUCUUGUUAUGAUUUGGGGAUGAUUUGGCAUUGUAACUCCCUUUUUAAUAGUUUUUAUUCAUCACUGUAUAGUACUACAGUGUAUAGUAACUAUCCCACUAUCAACGAAGAGAUGACUUGUGAUUUUGAAAUUCAGGUCAGUAGAUUUGGAGUUCAUUGUGAAAUCAUCAUCACUGAUCAAUAAUUGGGCCACCAUGUAUGGGUUGGGAGCAAGAGCAAAAGAGAAA